AUAUGGUGGGUGGUUUCUGGGACAGAGGAUCUGAUCUUAACAAUAGGAGCCAUCAAUGUAAGUCCAUCGCAACUAAAAACUUGUCUCAGAAUGCAGAAUAGAAUAGUCAGAAUAGCGAUGGUCGUAGUCCGAUUUCAACACUGGUGGCUUCUCGUAUAAAACCUCACAAUUGAACACAAUUGACUUUCACAGCACCCACAUAGCAGUUCGCUAUUCUGAGUAUCCAGGCGUCCACAUGCGCGGUGUCCUCCGCAAAAUAAUUGGAAAAGUCGACCACAAACAACUCUCCCCAGUUCCCGGUCCAAUCGCUAAGAACAAAUUUCCAGAAAACGAAGAUAACGUACCCACCAUUACACAAGCUUGGAUCUGGCCCAAAAUCGGCGAAUUUCUCAAAGAAAAAGACAUUGUCGUCACCGAAACAGGCACGGCAGAUUUUGGAAUCUUGGAGACAAAGUUUCCGAAGGCUGUUACGGCCAUUAGUCAAGUGCUCUGGGGUAGUAUUGGAUACUCGGUCGGUGCUUGCCAGGGUGCUGCGCUUGCGGCCAGAGACAUGGACGAGAAGAGGCGAACCAUUUUAUUUGUUGGGGAUGGCAGUUUUCAACUGACUGCUCAGGAAUUAAGUACCUUAAUUCGCCUAAACUUGAAACCAAUUAUGUAUGCUUCUUUCCAAGGCUUCGUUCUGCUCACUGACAGACUUUGGCUUCGUCAUUUGCAACGAAGGCUACACCAUCGAACGAUUCAUCCACGGAUUCGACGCUACAUACAAUGACAUUGCAACCUGGUCUUUCAAAGAUCUUGUUAAAGUCUUCGGCGCUAAAGAAGGAACGUACAAGACGUAUCAAAUCAAGACGAAAGAAGAGGUUAAAAAGAUCUUUGGGGAUGAGGAUUUUACUGCUGCGGAUACUCUGCAAUUUGUAGAGAUUUACAUACCGAAGGAUGAUGCACCCAGAGCAUUGAAAUUGACUGCUGAGGCGGCAGCUACUAAAAAUAGAUCC